ACAACUACACUGCAGAACACUUUCAAGUCCUCUUUACAGUUCUGCAUUGAAGUGUUCCCUGUGCAUCAUAAGGUUAAUCAGAAGUCAAACCAAGUGGCCUGCCAUCUAGUGUUGCUGCAGAUAUCUGCAAUGAGAUUUACACUAUUUUGUGGUGAAGAGACAAACUCUGCCUCUGUCAAAGGUUCUAACUUUUAAAUUUAAAUAUGAUUAAUAAUAUAAUAUAUUUAAUAUAUAAUAUAUUUUAUAAUUAUUACAGUAUGGAUUAGAAAGAUUAGAAAGAACAAAUUAACAAGAUAUUUGGUUCUAUUUAGGUUUCCAUUCAGAUGUUUAGUAACAAAAUGGCUAAUAACCAAUAUGAAAUAUUUUACUCAAUGACUUAAUUACAAAUAAAGCCAACAAUAUGAAAACAUCUAUUAAAUAGAAGUAAGCACAGAUUUUCAUUACAACAAUACGCUGACUGUGGGCACUAACAAACCUUGUUGACAUUACCAGUUACACAGAAAAAUACCACGUACACAGGAUGUGGUCAACCAUACUAUACCGGAUUUACAACUGUCAGCUGUAUUAAAGAUUCUAGUGCCUCUUUAGAUGCAGGUUAAUUUACCCACUAACAGAAUAUAGCCAGAUACAACGUAAUAUAUGUUUAAACUUACAAGUUUGGGGUGUUAUUAGAGUCAUACACUGCAGAAAUAACACUUAGUUUAGCUUCUGUUUCUAAUCUCUUUAACUUUCAUUUUCGAUUAUCUCUUGAUAAGCAGCCAGCCAUAAUUUCCUGAAUACCUACUCAUGCGAGCGUAUAAUGGGUGUGUGAAUUUAAACAGGAAGUCUCUAAAUCAUGUGUCUGUAAUUUUCCGUGUGCAUGUAAAGAACACAAAGACAUUCAUCAAGAGGAGUAUUAACAACUGCUGUCUACAAGAGAAUGAAUACCACGUCUUGUCAAAGUAUCAGCUUUGAUUUUGGAGGUAAAUUCCUUCCUCCUGUCUACAUCUUAGUUUUCAUCAUCGGACUGGGAGCCAAUGGAUGGGGACUGAGGUCAAUGCAGCGCAACUGGACAAAACUGGGAAAUGUCAACAUUUUUGUUCUCAACCUUGGACUUGCAGACAUUUUGUAUCUGCUCACACUCCCGUUUCUGAUGGUGUACCACUUUAUGAAAAGUAACUGGAUCUUUGGAGAUGCAUUUUGCAAGGUGACAAGAUUCUUCUUUAACAUGAAUCUAUAUGGCAGCAUCGGCUUCCUCACCUGUAUAAGUGUCUACAGGUACCUGUCCAUCGUCUAUCCAAUGAGGAUGAAAGGAAGAAUCACUGUCACCCACUCUGUGGCUAUCUCAGUCAUGGUUUGGUUGUUGGUGAGUGUUCAGUGUGUUCCAGAUAUGUUCUUCGUCAAAACAAAAUACAAGAACAACACCGCAACAUGUUAUGAAACCACCACUAUGGACCAUGUUGAGGAAUACCUGAAAUACAGUCUUGGAAGGACAAUCACUGGAUUUUGCAUCCCGUUCCUCAUCAUCCUGGGCUGCUAUGGACAUGUGAUUGUUGUUCUCUGCCGCACUAACACAAUUGAAAAGGUACUGAAACAAAGAAGCUUGAAGUUGUUGUUCAUUUUGAUUCUUCUCUUCUCCGUUUGUUACAUCCCCUAUCAUGUACUGAAGAAUCUCAACCUCUGGUCAAGAGUUCUCGCCAAGCUGAAUAAAUGCUCUGAAUGGUCUAACAAAGUCUACAUUUCUCAUCAGUUAAGUCGUGGCCUUGUGUGUCUGAACAGUGCUCUGAACCCUCUAGUUUACCUCCAUGUGAAUGAGGAUAUUAUUACUCAGCUCAGACAAUUCUUCCAACGUGCUCGGCAAGCUGUCACGCGGCUGUCCUUUGCCUCCAGUCAAGCACAUGUGGUUUAAAUUUGAAAUGCGUGAAAUUUGUCUGUUGUAUUGCAUCAUCUGUCUGUGACUUUUACCAGUGUGUGAGUUGUUUUGUGAUCUCUUAUAACUGCUUGCUUGAAAGUCUUGCUGUUUUGCUGACUUUGUGUUUUAGCAUUCAAUUUGUUCAGACUUCAAGGUCAACUCAGAUUUGACACAGUCAACAUAAAACAGCUCUGUUCAAUAAUGUAUUAAACUGAGUGUGAAAGCUUAAUGGAGAUCCGCACCCACUAUACUGCAGAACAUGGUGUGAUAUGUGUAAUGUAGCAGCAAAUAAAAUGUUAGUCUCCACUAG